AUGUCUCGCCUCAUCACAGCAACAUUCUUCGUUGGCCUACUUGCACUCAAGGUCAUUAUCUCUUGGGUUUACACCAUCAUCUACAAUCUAUACUUCCAUCCGUUAAGCCGGUUCCCAGGACCUAAGCACGCUGCCGCAAGCCACAUUGCCUAUUCAUGGUGGUUUCUCGGCGGCUCACAGCCGUACAAAGUGCUUGACCUGCAUCGCAAAUAUGGACCCGUGGUACGAGUAGCCCCGAACGAACUCUCGUUCAACUCCGCACAGUCAUGGAAAGACAUUUACGGGUUCCGCCAGGGCCACAAGCCCUUCGUGAAAAGCGAGUUUUACGACGGCGGCAGCUUCGCCGCCCGCGGUGUGCACUCCAUCGUGAGUGAGCGCGAUCCAGCGGUGCACGGUCAGAUGCGCCGGCUUCUGGCCCACGCCUUCUCCAACACGUCGCUUCUGGAGCAGGAGGAGCUUGUUGCCAAGACGGUCGACCGCCUCGUGCAGGUGGUCUGGGAACAAGGGGCCAACUCUGGAGCUUCCAUCAAUAUCGGAAAGGCAUACGAGAUGAUGGCCUUUGACAUCAUUGGUGACUUAGCUUUUGGGGAAACCUUCCAAGCUUUGGGAAACAAGAACCCGCACCCUUGGAUCGAGAUCACGCUUGGCGCGCUGACGCAGGGUGCACUAGCAGACACGAUGAAGCGCUUUCCGGGCAUGGCCAAAGUGGUCAAGUGGGUGCUGAGUAGUAAAAUCGCCGAGCUUACAGACGGAACCAAGAGAAACGAAGAUAUGGCGAUUGAUUUGUUGAACCGGCGUAUCAGCCGCCGCACAAGACGUCGGGACUUCAUGACACGCAUUCUCGAGCACCGCGACCUCGAGAAAAAACAAACGUCGGACCUCGAACUAGCCGCGCACGCAUCAGAUUUCGUCCUCGCCGGUAGCGAGACGACUUCGACGGUGCUGGCAUGCAUGACAUUCUACUUGCUCAAGAACCCACACAUCAUGGCGCAGUUGCAGAACGAGAUCCGCAGCACCUUUGACGAGUACUCGGCCAUCUCGGACAUAUCGACCCGGCCCCUGCGCUACCUUAACGCUGUGUGUCUCGAGGCUAUGCGCAUGUACGCACCGCUGCCGUUCUCGCUGCCGCGGCUGGUGCCUGAGGGCGGCGGCUCGGUCGAUGGGCAUCUUUUGCCGGAAGGGAUGGUAGUUUCGACGAGCCCCGUGGGAGCUAGUCUGGACCCGGCCAAUUUCAGCGAGCCUUUUACGUUUAAACCAAAACGGUGGUUGACGGAGUCACCGAAAGACGUGCUUGAGGCGAGCCAGCCGUUCUCUUUAGGAGCCAGGGGAUGUCUGGGCAAAAGUCUGGGUUGGAUGGAAAUGCGAACAACUUUGGCUAAGAUUCUAUGGACAUUUGAUAUGGAAUUCGCAGACCCGGUUCCGGACUGGCAUGGUGACUCGCGCAUGUACACUUUGUGGUCAAAGCCGCAGCUACAUGUACGAGUGAAACCGGUCAGGACUCCGCCUUUUGUGUCGAAAGCGAGAUAG